AUGGCCAAAGUUGAGCCAGUCACCCCCAAGUCUGAGGUUUCUCCUCCCCAGCCUACGCCCCACUCCAAGUGGAACACCGGGGAUGUCUCGCUCGUCACUUCCGACCAUGUAAUGUUCACGGUCGCGUCCUACCACCUUCAGAGCUGGUCGCUCGCGUUCCGUGAGACGAUCGGCUCGGGAGCAAAGACGCUCGACCUGCCCUAUGCGUCGUACACGCUCGAGCAGUUCCUCGACAUCGUCGACACCGGCAAGUUCGCAGUGAGCAGCAAAGCAAGUGUGCUCGUGCAGAUCGCUGCUCUGGCGCGAUUCCUCUCAGCACACCAGUGCGCACUGGCUACAGAGUUGUUCGUCCACCUGGUGCGCGCGCAUACGGACUGGUCGCCAAUCGUCUUCUUCCUCGUCGGUGUGCAUCUCGAUCGACCCGAACUCUGCGCCGAGAUCCUGGAUUCGUACCCUCGCCCCGAGGACAUGUUCUGGCUCUGCCCCGCACCCGAGUCCGCCGUGCUCAAGCCUUCCGAAAUUCCGUUCGAGGUCUUCGCUCAAAUCCCCCACACUUACCUCUGGGCUCUUCGCCUCACUCUCACCGGCGUCGAAAAGCUCAAGGUCGAAGGCUUCGAACGUCCCAUGGGCCCAGGACGAGCGCUUCAUCCACUACAUCAACCUCAGCCGCAAACAGGGAAGCCGUUUGGGGCCCCUGUUGCGGUCGAUCAAAACAAGGUUGGGAAGGUGGAGGAGGUAGGCGGCGAGGAGCAGCAAGAGAAGGUCACUGGCGAACCGGACGGCAACGAACGGGAUCUCGUCCAGCCAGCAGUGCCGGCCGUCUGGGAGGAACCCGACAUCAGAGACGAGGCCACAACCCAGAAUAUCGCUGUGGAUAUCCCGAAAUCGUUGGAGGAUGCGGCUAUGAACGGAUACACUGCUGAAGCGCUCGAAGAUAUACCACUGUCGGCGGACACCGACCAAGCUGUUGAGAACAUGGUCAGGAUUGAGUCCCUGGGUGGCUCUCCAGAGCAUACCUCCUCGGUAACCCCUGCUCUUGCCUCAGCAACGGAGAAGGACACCGGCUUUAACGACGCUAUGAAGGAUGACGUGCAUGAUAACGACCUUGUGCAUAACAGAGGCUCGGUCGACAAUGAGGGUUCGGAUGAGACCAUCGCUUGUGCAACUGUGAAGGAUGAGAUGACGAACGUCCACAACCCUACUACGGGGAGGGCAACCUGCAACGGCCCUGCCCUCACGCGGGACAGGCAAGACUCAUUGGCCAGUCUGUCAAGCGAGACUGACAGUUGCUGGGACUCUUCAGAGGGCACGUUACGGUCGGGCACUCUGCCUGAAGAGGCAGAGGAAAACCCGCUUCCGGUGCAGAAUGUGCAAAAGAAGGACGUCAUCGUCGAAGCAGUCGAUGUCGGCGUCUCGCCCCAGCAAGCUCAGUUCGUUGUCCUCGAGUCGGUCACGGAAGAGGACGAUGUGACGGCGAAUGCGCAAGCCGGCUCAAACAAUGGAGACGCCCUGUCCGCCAAGGUACGAGCCAGAGACAACGUGGCUGAUGACAAAGCAGCGCCUGCAGCGCCGCUGAACGGCGAGCAAGUCAUCAUAGACCCACACGUCCCGACGGCCGUAAACCCUGAAGCCGCUGUCGUCGCCUCCAGAACCGACCUCACGGCCACCACUAAGGCUCCCACGACCACCACUAUACCUGUGAUGACCCAGACCAAAACGAAGUUGCAACAACAAUCGAAGCGCGAUGUGAAGCCACUCGUGCUCACACUGCGCAUUGCUGUAGCACUCCCCCUCGUUGUUGUGGUAAUGUACUGUGCACCUAGACCCAGGUCGAUGUCAGACCUGUUCGUUCCCUCAUCGUCCUCUCCCAUCGACAUGUCCCACCCCAUCAACGAGACUCCCGAACCAGCCGUCAAUGCCAAGUGGCAGCAUGGCUCCUUCGAGAUCAUCGCGAUGUUCCGUGACAUGUUGGCCACAUGCUCGGGCCCACAGCGAAUGCAGUUGGAAGAGCCCUCGCACACGAUUGAGCAGUUCCUCGACAUUGUCACAACCGGAGAGUUCCAACUGGCGCUCUCAGACGACAGCGGCGCCUCCACCGCGUUGGUCCAGUUGAGCCGUCUCGCCAAGUUCCUGCGCAAGUACGACUGCCCUGUGGCCUUGAGCAUUCUGCGCAACAGCGUUCGCUAUCGAGCCGACGCAGCUCUCAUCGCGUUGCUGUUGGUCGAGAUUCCUGACAAGCCCCGCCUCUUCAUCAACAGAUUGGAUUCCUUCACAGGGGAUGAGAAUUGCCUCUGGGUUGGGGGCAACACUCCCACAACCUCUUUCAAACCCAAGGCCGUUCCCUUGGAAGCUUUCGCGGAGCUUCCGAUCCAGUAUCACUGGGCCCUCAGGCAUGCUCGGGUUGGCAACCUGGAGCGCUCAGUGAUUCAGGGUGGCAACAAUCAGAUGAUGACUCCCGGGCAGAGGUUCCAGUGCCUGCUCGAGUCGGCCCAGGCGGCAGGCUCCAGUCCUUAG